AUGGCUACCAAAUACGAUGCGGUCGACACCACAGCCUACCCAGACAUCAAGAUCACGUUAUGGGAUGUCCCCAACUGUGGAUUGAAGAAGCCUGGAGAUCAAGUUGAUCCCCUCCAUUCUGGGGAACUGUUCGACACGCUUCCAAUCGCCGUGAAUUACGUCACUAGCAUGAAUGUCACAUCUUACUGGCUCAGCCGAGACCUGAUCAACGACGAGCGCCUCGACUGGAGUGAAUGUGCAGACACGGCGUCUUGCGAAUCGGUGGGCGAUAUCAAGGGACAGUGUACGAAGUUCCUGCUCAGAACAAGCCCGGAUUCGAAUGGAAAUGCUUUGUUCGCCAACACUUGCUAUUUCCUAGCUCCUUCGGCACAUUGUGUGAAUCUCUGGGACGUUACGAACGUCACGGGUAUCAUGAAGCCGUACGUCAGCGAAAGAACAAGUCUGAGAUGA